GCGCGGCGGAAGUGCGCGGCGGCGCUCGGAGCGCCCGGCCCGGGCGAGCUGCGUUAAACCACAAACAUGAAGAAAUUAAAGCUUAAAGAACUGGAAAGCUGUCUUCAACAAGCUGACACUUUUGAAAGUCCAAAGCUACUCCUUGAACAGUAUGCAACAAGACCUCAUAUUGCAGCAUGUAUGCUUUAUACAAUUCACAAUACUUUUGAUGAUAUCGAAAACAAAACAAUUGCAGAUCUAGGAUGUGGUUGUGGCAUGCUCAGCAUUGGAAGUGCAAUGUUAGGAGCAGGAUUCUGUGUGGGGCUUGACAUAGAUGCAGAUGCACUGGAAAUAUUUAAUAGCAAUAUUGAAGACUUUGAGCUCACGAAUGUCAACAUGGUUCAGUGUGACAUCUGUUCUUUAUCUGAUAGCAUGUCAGAUACUUUUGACACAGUUAUUAUGAACCCUCCAUUUGGUACCAAGCAUAACAAAGGAAUUGAUAUAAUUUUUCUGAAAACCGCUCUACAAAUGGCAAAAACAGCUGUAUAUUCCCUUCACAAAACUUCAACGCGGCAGCACAUUCAAAAGAAAGCAGCAGAAUGGGAAGUGAAGAUGGAAGUCUUAGCAGAACUUAGGUUUGAUUUACCAGCAUCGUACAAGUUCCAUAAGAAGAAAUCAGCACAUAUCCUCAGUUCAGAGCAACAACAACAAAACUGAGAGCCAACAACAUUGUUUUUUAAGUCAAAUCCAACCUCUCAUCACUAGGCAAAACAAUCACAAAAAUGUUCAAUUCCUACAAAGAUAUAAUGAGAAAUGUUUCUGAAGUUUCUGUCUCCUAUGUAAUCUUUGGAAAGUUCCCAGAACUUCAUGGAGGAUGGAAUGAAAAUAUCUGCAUUUAGUGACACAUCCUAAAGAUGCCUCAUUCUCUCCUUUACAAAUGUGUUCACUGCAGUUGUGCUUGAAUAGUGAAUCAAGUAUCUUUGAUAACGUAUGACAUUUUAACUUGGGAGUAACUUUACUUUACUGGCAGCAGUGUCUAAUCCCAGUACAUCAGAUGCAGUCACUGAGAAAGCAGCUACUGGCCAGAAAAUUAACUGGGAUCAAAUGUUUUCUAUCUAGUUGCACUUAAGGAUAGAGUGUGAAGAUUAAUCCUUGAGAAAAAAACGUAGCUUUAUGAAGCUGUCAGAAAUUAGUUUGAAUUCCGUUUUGAACUUUGAAGCAGAGAUUUCUCCUUUCUCACUUUGAGCACUAGCACACUUGUUAAAUCCAGCUACAGAAGUUAAAGCAGCUUCUUGGUCACGUUACCCCAGUUCAUAGAUCUGUGAUUACAAUAGCUGCUGGCAAAGAUGGUUUUGCACUCAUGUCAUCAAGAUGACUGGCAACACAGAAGCAGGGAAAAUCCCCCGAGGUGUUCUUGUUACAGGAAAUUAUGUUCUCAAUCAGAAUACCCAGUUGGCAGCCUCUUCUUAUUUAAGUAGUUUAAUUCCCCAAUAACUGUUCAGCCUACUGCAGUAUUCCCAUUUCUUCCUGUUCCUGAUAUCAAGGCCACAUUCAAUUGUUGGAACUUGCAAUUCUUCAGCUCUUACAGCCUUGAAAGGUGGUGUGUUUGCACCUGUACCUAUCACUGUAACACUUUUUAAAGCAUGAUUUCAGCAAGUAUUAGUUGCCAGCUGGGCUAAGUGUGAUCCAUUUAUCUAAAAAGCAUUUUACAAAACCAGGCCAGAGUACCCAAGCUAAGAGUUGCAGUUACUUCAGAGAUGUCCCACGUGAGCCACCCUGAUUACAGGAGACUGACACUUCACCACCAUUAAGGUGCUGGUGCUGUCUUAACACCCUACUUGAGAGAGAAAUUAGUGUUCUAUUUUACAUGAUACCAAAUUUGAUCCAAUUUAAUGGCAACCUAUAGGACGUUGCUGACUGCUGCUUCAGCCCAGGGUACUUAACACCAAAAACUCGAUUUCCACAUAAGACUCAGCUUCACUGUUAAGAAGAGAAAAAAAAACAAAGUCUACUUCCUUAGCAGUGUUUUCAAGGUUAAUACCAAAAAGGAUGAUCUAACACAAGAUUUAGGACAACUCCUUUAGAAUAAGUCUUAAACAUGGAAAAGUUUUCUAAAAAGCAUCCUUUCAGCUGCAAGUAACAAACUGUAGGCAAGAAUCAAGCUUGCCAUGCAUGGAAUUCAGUUCAGUCCCUGAGCUUUAAACUAUUUAAAACAAAAGCAGAAGCAGACUUCUAAUUUAAGAGAAAUUCUAGCCUUGUCUGCACAUGCUCACUUCAGACUCUAGCUCAGUCAUUUGGCACAAGACAACUUCCAGAUCAAUAGUUUUCAGCUGCUAUGCAUCAGUGAAGACUGAUAAAAAGCUCCAAUGAACAGCAAUCGAAGUCAGAACUGCAUGCAAAAUCCUACAGAAGAUUUUAUUUUAAGGGCUUUCUUAAUAAACUACACUGACUUGUUCCUUCCAUGUGCCAAAAGUCUGUAUUAGUACAACACAACACAUAAAAAACCAGGUUAAAAUAAAGCAAGUAGUCAUUAGGUUUAAGUUAUAAAAAAUUACAGUCAAGCCCCUUAACUAGAACCAUUAGAUCCCACACUAUAUUAGCUAGACCAUCCCAAAAG